AUGGCCUCAUCACGCGACGCCCGUGACCAGCGCUCACUGUCUGGUUCCCCAGAUCGAGACCGCGAUCGGCGGCGAGUUCCCCGCGAGGACGACCGCCACAGGAGCUCCCGCCAUCGCGAGGACGACCGCCGAAGCUCUCGUCGAGACAGCUCUCGGCGACGCUCGUCACGCAGUCCACGCAGAGAGCGGGACCGUCCACAUCGGGAACACAAGGACGGCUCUACAGACGAGCGAAGACACAGACACCGCAGCCACCGUCACCGUGACAGACGCGAGCACGACGAUGAGGAACGGCCAUCAAAGAGACACCGCAGUCCACGCUCGCGCUCUCCUCGACGAUCACGCAGUCCGCCGCCACCACAACCACUCCAACGGCGUGGCCCAUUGCCCUCACAAUCCGACGCAUUCACUGCAACAGACUCAGACGCACCACCAGCUCCCGAAAUGCAAAAGCCCAAUUUCAGCAACACCGGCCGGCUCGCGGCUGAAAGCAACACGGUGCAAGUCCAGGGCGGCCAAGGAGUUGUGCUGAAAUACCACGAACCUCCAGAGGCUCGCAAGCCCCCUCCGAAAGAGGCCUGGCGACUCUAUGUAUUCAAGGGCGAAGACCUGUUGGAGAUGGUGGAGCUGGGAGGGCGCAGCUGUUGGCUGAUUGGGCGGGAGAGGUUAAUCGUUGAUUUUCCGCUUGACCACCCCAGCUGCUCGAAGCAGCAUGCUGCGCUUCAGUUCCGGUUUGUCGAGAAACGGAAUGAAUUCGGGGACCGUAUCGGCAAGGUCAAGCCGUACCUUAUCGAUCUGGAGAGCGCGAAUGGGUCGAGUGUCAAUGGGGAAUCUGUCCCGGCUGGCCGCUAUGUGGAGGUCAUGGAUAAGGACGUGCUACGGUUUGGGCUGAGCUCGCGCGAGUACGUGAUGAUGCUGCCUCCGAGCUGA